UGCUGGUAAAGAAGCACCACAGUCAGACAGUCUGCCCUCUGGACCACCAUCUGAUUCUGAGCCUCAACACAAACAGGAAGUAGAGGGAGUACAGUCCUCCGUCAGAGCUCAUGCAGCUGUGAAGAAGAGGAAGAGGAAAAUGGGAAUGUACAACCUUGUUCCCAAAAAGAAGAGUAAAGCUGUCAAACAACAGAAAGAGGAGCCUAAAGCCAGUGAGAUGAUGAGCAAGACAACGGGGGACAACUCUGGGGCUCAGCCUCAGACUGAGGAAGCUGCAGAACAGGCCGAGUGCAAAAAGGAGGAGCCUCUGGUGGAGGGAGCUGAGUCUGUAGAAUAUACAGAGCUGGCUUUGGACUGCCUGGACCUGAGAGCUCAGGAGGAGCUGCUCUCACCUCCUCUUUCAGGAGAUGCUGAGGGGGAUGACAUGGCUGAGGAGUUACCUCUGUGCUGCUGUCGCAUGGAGACUCCUAACAGAGGAGGGAGUCUGUCCACAGUGGGUCAAACCUGCAUGGCCAUGGACAGCUCAGAUGGAAUGCUGAGUCAUUGCCAGAGGCCGGUGAUAAAGCAGGAAAUGAUGCGACCCUCGAACAUGGUCCAGCUGCUAGUCCUGUGUGAGGACCACCGAGCCAGCAUGGUCAAACACCAAUGCUGUCCUGGCUGUGGAGUGUUCUGCAGGGUGGGCUCCUUCAUGGAGUGUAGGCCAUAUGGAAGCAUUUCCCACCGUUUUCACCGUGAAUGUGCCUCCAUCUUGAAGGAUCGCAGGUUUUGCCCACACUGUGGAGAGGACGCUGGCGGGGUGACAGAUGUCAAGGUUUUAAAGCCUGACCCGUCACCCUCUGUACCCAGAUCAAACCCCGGGCCCUCGCUGCCUGUCGUAGCCACGCUGCCGUCAGUUCCAACCACACCAGCUGUGCCUCGAAUACUGAGAGCAAAGAAGAGCAGCGAGCCCCAGAGGAGCAGAGAUCAGAGCUCGAGCAGGCCAAAGGGACAAGGUUCACCUUCUGCAGACAGACUUCCUAAAGAGUCCCUGGAGAGCAUCCUUGUGUCACUGGAUGAUGAGAACCUGAAACUAAAAAAGGUGAAGUUUCCUGCCAGGCAGCUUUAUGUUUCUGCAAAACAAGGAGACCUGCAGCGGGUUAUUCAGCUUUUAGUUGAUGGGAAGGACCCCAACGUUCUAAUGGAUGGCCAGAACAAACGCACCCCACUUCACACAGCAGCUGCAGAGGGUCAUCAGGAGAUCUGCCACAUGUUGGUCCAGGCUGGAGCCAAUCUGGACAUGUUUGAUGACGAGCACAGGACUCCACUGAUGGCAGCCUGUGAAAACAAUCAGCUGAACACAGUUCUGUACCUGCUCAGAGCCGGAGCAGCCGUGGGCCACAAGGAUCUCAGAGGUUUCACCUGUCUGCAUCUGGCAGCUAAACUGGGACAUUAUGACAUCAUCAGCCAUCUGCUCAACAAGGCAUCCAGGCACAUCAACUGUCAGGACGAUGGAGGGUGGACUCCCAUAACCUGGGCCAUUGAGCACAAGCACAAAGAGGUGGUUCACCUGCUGCUGAGCAAAGGAGCUGAUGUCAACCUUAGAGACAAGGAGGAGAACGUCUGCCUGCACUGGGCGGCGCUGUCGGGCUGUGAUGACAUCACCCAGGCUCUGCUGGAGGCUGGCUGUGACCUGAACGCCAUCAAUGUUCACGGUGACACACCUCUUCACAUCAGUGCCAGGGAGAACCACCUGGAGUGUGUGAUGUUGUUCCUGUCUCGUGGGGCUGACGUCACUCUGAGGAACAAGGAGGGGGACACAGCUCUGGACCUCAGCACCUAUGGUUCGAAGGUGUGGACCGCCCUGAACACCAACAAGAAGCUAACAGACGCCAGGAGGGGGCGGGACUGUCAGGGGGAGCGAGUGCUCAGCAGGGAUGUUUCUCGAGGGUACGAGGCUCUUCCUAUCUCUUGUGUUAAUGGAGUUGACAGCGAGCCGUGCCCUGACAACUUUAAAUACAUACCAGACAGCUGUGUCACCUCCCCUCUGAAUAUAGACAAGGACAUCACUCAUCUACAGCACUGCAGCUGUACAGACGACUGCUCAUCCAGCAGCUGCAUCUGUGGCCAGCUCAGCCUUCGAUGUUGGUACGACAGUGAAGGCCGACUGCCACUGGACUUCUGUCACUGGGAGACCCCAGUGCUGUUUGAGUGUAACCAUGCCUGCUCCUGCUGGAGGACCUGCAGGAACAGGGUUGUUCAAAACGGACUCAGAGUCCGACUGCAGCUCUUCAGGACAGAGAGGAUGGGCUGGGGAGUCAGGGCCAUGCAGGAUAUCCCUCAAGGAACAUUCAUCUGCGAAUAUGUUGGAGAGAUCAUCACUGAUGCAGAGGCUGACAAACGAGAGAGUGACUCUUUCCUCUUCACCCUGGACAACAAGGUUGGGGAUGUUCACUGCAUUGAUGCCAGACUCUUCGGCAACAUCGGCCGCUUCAUCAAUCAUCUGUGUGAGCCCAACCUGCUGGCUGUGAGAGUGUUUACCAUGCACCAAGACCUGCGCUUCCCAAGGAUAGCCUUCUUCUCCAGCAGGCCGGUCAGAGCAGGAGACCAGAUAGGGAUCGACUACGGUGACAGCUACUGGAGGGUGAAGAGGAAGUACUUCAGCUGUCAGUGUGGCUCUCUGAAGUGUCGUUACUCUGCCGGCAGCAGGUGAUCUGUCCACCUGCCUGUGUGGAGAACGUUCUGGAACUGACUGAAACCUGAACAGCACACCUCACAGGAGUCCAGUGUGUCAGAGUGCAGCUUUCAGACUGAAACUUGGUGUAGGAACCAAAUGUGAAGUGUUUAACUAUGACUAUAUGGUGUACACAUGUUUCUGUGCUCCUGCCCCAACCAACAUGGAGCUGAGCACACAUUCUGUGUGUGGAACCUGGAGUAACCCUUGUGUUGUGUUCUCAACAUUCAUAUGUGAGGCCCCUGGGGUGGGGUGGAAAAUAACAUCAGGAAUGACAGGAAAUUAUUUUAAAGGAGUGAAAUAUAAUUUCCACAGAUCACGAGCUUUAACUUAUUUAUAGACAAAUAAUGUUUGGCUAGAUGACCUUUAAUAGUUUUGUAAUCUUAACUUUUGUAGAAUUAAAACUGCAAAAUGUCUCAUGAAGAAUGAUUGUUUUUUUUAUAAUCUGGUUAGUUUUUACACACAGAUUUUACCUUCCUUUUUUUUUUUUUUUAGCAAAUAAAACCUUUUAAAGCUUCUGUUUCAGUUAUUUUGUGUUGAUCAGAUGUGAGGGGGCUGGCCUCAUGGUGCUGAGGGUGGACCUGGUUCACAGUAACUCACCUGAAGUCACUUUAAAUGAUCACAGGAGCUGAAAUCAUUAAAUUAAUACUUCAAACUAAA